AUGAAUUUGGCCCUUAAACGGAAGACCUGCUGGGCAGAGACCCACUUUCCCAACCCGGCUCGACUGUGGCUGCUUUUUCUGCCAACUGACCAGGCUGAAGCAGCAGCAGGGGAGGAGGGACUGCAGUCGCCACGGGAGGCGCAGUGCCAAAGGCCAGCAGCUUCGGCUCGGGUCUCCGCAGACCCGGGUCUGCAAACGGGCGUUAGCGCUCCGCCCCAAGCGAGGCCCCGAGCCUCUGAGACAGCCCGCCCCCAAGGCACACAAGGCCACGCCCCCUUCCCAGUCAUUCCCUGGGCAAAGUCCGUUCCAGGCUUCGGGGGUGGGGCCAGAAGGGCGCAGGCGCAAUGUGCAGCGGAAGUAGCGACUCGGAAAAUUAGAAGGAAGGAGAGGGGCCUGCCUGCCGGGCUCCGCGAAGGGCACUGCGCUCCUCCUCCGUGGCUUCCUCCACCUCAGGGAAGCUCCGGGCGGCCGCACGUGCCUCCCUGCCCAGGCUCCUCCCCUUCCCUCCCCCUGCCCGGGAGCGGCCGCGGGCUGCUUUCCUCUCCUCCAGCCGAGAUGGCGCUCGACCCCGCAGAGCAGCAUCUCAGACAUGUCGAAAAGGAUGUUUUGAUCCCUAAAAUAAUGAGAGAGAAAGCCCGAGAGAGAUGUUCUGAACAAGUUCAAGAUUUUACCAAAUGUUGCAAGGACUCUGGAAUCCUUAUGGUAGUAAAAUGCCGAAAAGAAAAUUCUGCAUUGAAAGAAUGUCUAACUGCUCAUUAUAAUGAUCCAGCCUUUUAUGAAGAAUGCAAAAUGGAAUACCUGAAGGAAAGGGAAGAAUUCAGAAAAACUGGAAUUCCUACCAAGAAAAGGCUACAGAAGCUUCCCACAAGCAUGUAGGCAAAUAUUCAGCGAUACUCAAGAGCUCUGAUAUUCAUGGAAAUCAUUAUCACCUGAAAUAAUGGACUCAAGGAAGUGUUUGCUUUAUCCUAAAUGAUGGAAAUAUUAUCUGAAAUAAAGAUUUUUUUUUUUUUAAA